UUUCCCACAGUAUGAUUGGUUUGGUGAAUUAUUCCUAAGCUUUACCAUUGGUCUACAAUAACAUCAAUCCCUAACUUUCAAAGUCGCUCAAGUUUGAAACUUUUUGUGAGGAGGAGUCAGGUUACAAACUCCUGUAACCGAUCUCAACGCGCAGAGAAGAAAACACUAUUUCAAUUAUUUACACACCAGUACCAGAAGUACAGAUACACGGAAGACAACUGAGAAGAGCUCUUUUUCUCGAGUGAAAACGAAGAUCCAGUUAAUGGUGCUGUACGUGGACUUGCUAUGGGUUGCCAUAGUGAAAUUUCGAGAUUUUGCCUAGAUUAAAUUGUGAAAUUGUUCCAGUAAUCCUCCGUCCCUUUGCUCACACACCCGCAUCCGGUUUUGUUUGAACGAAAGACAUCAGUAUGGACUCAUUCAGUACUAAGAGCCUGGCUCUUCAGGCCCAGAAGAAGCUGAUGAGCAAGAUGGCCACCAAGAGUGUGGCCAACCUCUUCAUCGACGACACCAGCAGUGAGUUGCUGGAUGAGCUGUACCGCGUAACAAAGGAGUACACGCGCAACCGAAAGGAGGCCCAAAAGAUCAUCAAGAACCUCAUCAAGAUGGUGGUGAAACUGGGCGUCCUCUACCGCAACAACCAGUUCAGUGGAGAAGAGCUGGAGCUGGUUGAGUGCUUCAGAAAGAAGGUCCACACGUUGGCCAUGACAGCGGUCAGCUUCCACCAGAUCGAGUUCACAUUUGACCGGAGAGUGAUGAGCGCCAUCCUGAACGAGUGCCGUGAGCUGCUGCACCAGGCCAUCAACCGCCACCUGACGGCCAAGAGCCACUCGCGGGUCAACCACGUGUUCAACCACUUUGCCGACUGUGACUUCCUUGCAACGCUCUACGGGCCAUCUGAGGUGUACCGCGGCCACCUUCAAAGGAUCUGCGACGCUGUCAACAGGAUGCUGGAUGAAGGCAACCUUUGACCCCUCCUCUGACCUUUGAAGCCUUAUCUGAUGGUGUGACAUCCAACACGGGGCUGCCUUCAUGGCUUUUUAUUUUAUUUUGUAUGUCGACAUUUGACUACUUCUGGUGUUGGUUUUCUGUGUGUCCCUUCAACAUUACAGUACAACACUGAAGGAUGCCCCAGGCUGGUUAGACCAAAGUUUCUUCUAAGUAUCUAUUUAAGGGAAAAAUACAGACUUCUCCUAUGAAUGUGGAACACAAGCUCAUGUGAAUCAUUUCUGAGCACUACUAAAAAUGCUUUUACAGCAAAGAGAGGACAAUGGUGGAUUUGAACCCACUUCAGGGCAACCAUUAGAGAUGUGGUUGUCAAAGGCAGGAGGGCUGCUUGAGUUUAAACAGGCGCUGUUAUUUCUUUAUUUUUUAUUUUUUUUAUUACAAACCAGUAAUCACUUUUACAUUCUGUGACUUCUAUAACCUAAGAAAAUAUGCACUUGUUUGGAUCAAAAUACUGCUAUAGUCUACUUUGUCCCUAAUUACCCCUUUUUUGUAAUCUAAUCACACAGAUGAGUGUUUGAUUUGUCCCACGGGGCUAAGAACAUUGAGGAUGUGAGUGGUGCUGUGCGUCCUUGUUGACACUAGCUCAGCUCUUCUGAAACCACCACCCAGAAAACACUCAGAAGUGUUGUAAAUGUUCCCUGCACAGUCAAGAGACUCCAUGCACAUUCAUGCCUGGAGGAUAUGGGAAAGGGAAGCAACCUUCUAUAUGGUCAGGUUUUCUUUGCAGUGCCAGGCUGGUUAGUCACAUAGCACAGGGACAGGGUAUUAUAGAUUAGAGCCCAGACUAAAACAAAAGCUCAGUCCCUUCCAUUAUUCCAUAUAAUUGCCAGUAAAAGCCUUCCUAUCCACUCCACUCAAACACUCCAGACCCAUUUAAUGUGAUUGAGAUUCCCAUCUCUGCUCGAUGCAAGUCCUAUUUGGGAGUGAAGUUGUUUUUUAAUGAACAAUAGUUUGGAUUGUAAUAUACUACUACCCUGCACAUAAUAGAUGAUAUAUAGACCUAGCAGUGUUUUUGUAUGACUGGGCCUGUCUAAGAGACUGUGCUUGAAGCCUCCAUUAUUUUCAGUAUAUACCUGUGAGAGGCUGCGUCAGGUUUCUGAUGAGUGUUGUGUUCUCCAGGAUAUGUGCUUUUCUUACUACUCUGUCAGUGUAACCUCCAUUAUCUCUGCAGCUGCAACUUUUGCCAAAGACCGGGAAGGGAGAGAUGAGCAAUCCCUGCAAUCCUGAAAAGGACUCCCUAACGUUGCGUUGGCGUUACUGAUAACGUUAUCAGAACGCACUUGAUGAAUAAAAUAACUGUUUUAAGAUUUUAUAUUGAA